GUUUAAUGAAAAUGUUAUGAAAAAAGAAUUGAUAAAUUAUAUUUUAGACAAACAUCCAACUGAUGAUUCAUAUGAAGAAAUAUAUAUUAUUGAAAGAUGCAAUGACUAUCUUCCAUACGAGUUAUUUGGAGAAGCCCCAACAAUAAGAAAUGAGUGUCAACUCUGUCCUUGUUGGUUUGAAAAGGAUAUAGAUAUUGACUUGGUGAUUCAACACAUUUGUCAAAAUCAUGAUGAUAACAAUGUUUGUAUUGAGCUAAAGGAUAUUCUACUGAUAGAUUUCUUAUCCACGUUUAAAAGAGAAUAUCCUAAAUUUGAAAUAGAUGAUGAUGAAUAUUUAGGAUUUUUCAAUUCUUUAAUAAUGCCAAAUGACUACCGUGAAAUUCAAUCUGAUGAUAUCAUUGAUGAUUAUUAUUUAGUAGAUGUAAAUGAAUUUGAUAAUGAGUAUAGGUAUAUUAGUGAUAUCGAAGAUGACUUUGAUUAUAUCAGAAUUGAUUUAUUAAAUAAAUAA